CCCUGUCUCUGGCCCACCGCUGUCCCCACGUGCUGACGGUGACGCCGCUCCCCGCAGCGCUGCGCCGGGUGACAUGUCCCGACAACAGCUCCGCGUGUCCCGACAGCGCCACGUGCUGCCAGCUGCCAUCGGGGCGGUACGGCUGCUGUCCCCUACAGAACGCGGUGUGCUGCGGCGAUGGGUGGCACUGCUGUCCCCAAGGCACCACGUGUGACCUGCAGCGCUCCAUGUGCACCUCGGGGCGGGACGUGGCGCACGUUGGUGACGUGAAGUGUGACGAUGAGAUGAGCUGCCCUGACGGGAACACGUGCUGCAGGCUGAGCUCCGGGCAGUGGGGGUGCUGCCCCCUGGAACAGGCCGUGUGCUGCCCCGACCACAUCCACUGCUGCCCCCAGGGCUACACCUGCGACCCCCAGGGGGGGAC